AUGAAUAACCUGGGGUUUGGAGAAGGUGGCGUGAUCAAGGGCUGAGAGAGGACGCUCAACAUGACAAAAGCAGUGAGGUACAACAGGGAGCAGGGCACCUUCACCGUGGAGAAGACGGGGGUCUACUUCCUCUUCUGCCAGGUGCUGUUCAACGAGCAGCAGUCGCAGUACGUGAAGCUGGACGUGGUGAGCGGCGGCCAGCGGCCCCAGAAGCUGCAGUGCAUGGAGGGCUACGGCACCACGCCGUCCGCCGGGCCGCACCCCUUCCACUUCCUGAAGCCGUGCCAGGUGUCGGGCCUGCUGCGGCUGGACCGCGGCACCGAGCUGCAGGCCGUCACCGGCUCGGCCUUCAGGCUCCACGCCGUGGGCAGCGCCUCGGCCUCUCCGCACUUCUUCAGCAUCUUCCGAUCAACUGAGCAUCCGCCGCCCGCCGCCGCCAUCAAAGCCGCCUGA